AUGUCGACGGAUCCUCCUGGACCUGCCUUGGCCGCGAAAGAGGAGGAAGAGACGUCUCUUGUGUCGGCCGACUCUCGUGAAGCGGAGGACGAUGCGCCCAAGGCCAGCAGCACCCCGGCGUUGGAAGGCAGAGACACCCGUGCCCGGCGCGCUUCGGCCACGACGCCUGCGUCCGCGCGACGAACACGCAGGAAGAAGGACGACGACGACAAGAAAGCAGAGCCAGGGAAGGAAUCCAAGCCCAGAAGCCGGCGACCGCGUGAGAAGUCGACUGCCGCUACGUCCAACUCGAGUUCGCGCAAGAAGCCUAAGCUGGAGCAUCCUCCAGACCGGCAGUCGACAGGGCCCGAUCUCGUGACUCCAGCUCCCCCACCCGACGCCCAGCCGCCGCAGCCGCCGCAGCUUUCGUCGCACGCGGAGUCUCCCCAAAGAGGAAAUCAUGAAGCUAUUCCCGACCGUCCGCCCAAUGUUUCCGCUCCCGCUCCCGCUCCUGUUCCCACCUUCGAUCCUCCGUCGUAUCCCAUGGCGCAGUCUCUUCCGCCGCCUCAACCACCGCUGCCACCACAGCGCUCGAGUGGACAGAAUUAUGAUCCCAUCCGGUCCGCCUUCGAGAAUCCUUCUCCCGCUCCCCCUCCGGCCAUGACCCCGACUCCCAGUCACACUCCUGCUAUCCCCUCGCAUAGUUCCUUCAGUCCUCCUGCCCAUACCAUGUCGCCUGGGACGGCCUUCAGGGCGAGCGCGUCACCCGCAAUCUCCAGCAUCAUCGACCCCCCGGUCCCGGCAGCCUCAGUCCAACAGCAAUCGCAACCCAUAUACCCACAGGUGUCUAAAACGUCCCCCAUGCAAAAGCCAUCUACUAUGCCCUCUCCACGCACCGCGCAUGUCUCUUCGGCGCCAUCUUCUCUACCGGUUUCCUCCCCGAACCUAGUCCACCCUCAACAAGAGCAGCAGCACCUCCAGCAACAACAUCAGUAUCAAUCUCAACAGCAACCACAGCAGUCAUCCCUUCAGAAAUCACAGCCGCAGGAAUCUCCUUUACUACAGCAACCAGUCACCGUUGAUAUUGAAAUGAACGAUACUACUCAGUCGGCUGCGUCCAAAUUUACAGCGCCGUCUAAAAAAGAGAAGGGGGCAUCCAAUGGACUACCGUCCAACGCACAGUCGCCAAAGCCAUCACGCACGACCAAAGAUGCGCCGCCGCCUCUUCCUCAGGGCUCUGGGCUCAUUUCAGGUGCGCUCUUCGGAGUCGACGGUAGUACUGCUGCCUCAGGUUCACUGAAGACGGCGCCGAAUAUUAUUUUACACAUACCCCUACAUGGCCAGAGCAAUAAGGUGAUUAAUUUUGCUCGUAUGGCCGAAGAACAGUACGGCUUUGCUGCGCUCCAUCCGCGACUCGCGGCCCAGCGUGAGCGUCUGGCGCGCGUUGCGGCCGCCAGUGCUGCGCUAGAGAAAACAGAAAAGGUUGCCAAGGGUAUCUCGGCUGGUGAGAGUGCGGAGGAGGACCUCAGCGUGGACGCUGAGCCAGACAGUGACUUGGAUGCUGAUGUCUCUAUGGAGACGGGUGUUGGGCUCACAGCAGGGGGAAAUACUGCAGGUAGUGAAACAGCCCUCGGUAUGACAGCGGACGGCAAGAAGAAGCGCACCCGCAAGAAGAAGAUCGAGGAUUAUGAUAGGGACGAUCCUUUUGUCGACGACAGCGAGCUGGCCUGGCAGGAACAUGCCGCGGCAAGCAAGGACGGAUUUUUUGUUUACAGUGGGCCUCUCGUCCCAGAAGGAGAGAAGAUUCAAGUGGAAAGAGCCGACGGGACAAUCAGACGAGGUCGAGGUCGAGGUCGUGGGUCGGGCCGUGGUCGAAGCUCAAGUCAUCACCAGCCGCCUCUUGCAUCUGCAAUACCCAUCUCUCAAGAGACCGGGCUCCCAGUACGAGGGCCGGGGUCUCGUGGCGGCACCACAACCAGGAAGCCUCGCGUCACAAAGGCUGCUCGCAUUCAAAUGGAGCAGGAGAAGCAAGAGCGCGAACGGAUGGGCCUCGCUGUCUCCCACGAGGGAAGAGGCCGUGGAGGCUACAAUCGAGGCGGCGGUUCUAGUAGCCGAGGUGGACGGGGUGGUUCGAACGCCGCCGCUGGGAUGGUUGGUCUUGCUCCUGCACCGGCUCCGGGAACCACGCCUGGGCCACCACCCGCAUUUCCUCCGGGGCAAGGGAUUAUCAUGAGAUGA